AACACUGCAGUAUAGAUACGAGGUUGUUUCAACUUUUCAACACUUAUGGACUCAGCACGUGUUAGCUAUUUCUUCCAAUUCCUUUCUAUAAUCCUUGUACUAGUUACAUUCCCUUCUGUGCUACCAACAACCUUAGCCAGUGGAUUCUCAGUCAAGGAAGCAACAGUGAAAGAUCUUCAACUAGCUUUCAAAAGAAACCAAUUAACAUCAAGACAACUUAUUGAGUUCUACCUCAACCAAAUUAAAAUCCAAAAUCCAAUUCUCAAAGGGGUAUUGGAAGUGAACCCGGAUGCACUAGCACAAGCAGAUAAAGCUGACCGAGAGAGAAAGAUUAAAGCACCAGGUUCACUAUCAGGGUUGCAUGGAAUACCCAUUUUGGUGAAGGAUAACAUUGCAACUAAGGAUAAGCUAAACACAACUGCAGGCUCUUUUGCAUUACUUGGCUCAGUAGUGCCAAGAGAUGCAGGUGUAGUUACCAAGUUAAGGAAAGCUGGGGCUAUCAUAUUAGGGAAGGCCACCCUGAGUGAAUGGUCACAUCAGAGGUCUAGUAAUGCUCCUAAUGGUUGGAAUGCUAGAGGUGGACAAGGAAAGAACCCUUACACAUUGGAUGAUCCCUGUGGAUCAAGUAGUGGAUCAGCAAUAUCAGUAGCAGCAAAUUUGGUGACUGUGUCACUUGGUACCGAAACCGAUGGUUCCAUUUUAUGCCCUUCAAGUACGAACUCUGCAGUAGGCAUUAAACCAACGGUUGGUCUCACUAGUAGAGCAGGUGUAGUUCCAAUUAGCCCAAGGCAAGAUUCAGUUGGGCCAAUUUGCAGGACUGUAUCAGAUGCUGCUUAUGUUCUUGAAACCAUAGCAGGCAUAGACACUUAUGAUAAUGCAACAAUUGAAGCAUCAAAGUAUAUUCCAAAAGGUGGCUAUGCUCAAUUUCUAAAGAAAGACGGACUAAGAGGAAAGAGAUUAGGAGUAGUGAGAUUAUACUACAAUUUUGGAAAUGACACUUUUCUGCAUGAAACUUUCAAGCUACGCCUAAAAACAUUAAGGCAAAGAGGUGCAGUUUUGGUUGACAAUUUGGUGAUUGAUAACAUUGAUGAAAUUCUCAGUGUUCCAAGUGAAAAUAUUGCUUUGAAUUUUGAAUUCAAAUUAGCAUUGAAUGCAUACCUGAAAGACUUAGUUGCUUCACCAGUGAAAAGUUUGGCAGAUGUGAUAGCCUUCAACAAUAAACAGUCGAAAUUGGAGGAACUUGGUAAGUAUGGCCAAGAUCUUAUGCUGGAAGCUGAAAAGACAAGCGGAAUUGGGAAAGUAGAGAAACAAGCAUUAUUAAAUAUGACAAGAUGGUCACAAAAUGGGUUUGAGAAACUUAUGAAAAGAAAUAAACUUGAUGCUGUGGUAACACCUUUUGCAUCUUUUAGUGGCAUACUUGCUAUUGGAGGUUAUCCUGGAGUGAUUGUUCCUGCAGGAUAUGAAAAGGGUAUGCCAUUUGGGUUUUGCUUCGGAGGUUUGAAAGGGUCGGAACCAAAGUUGAUUGAAAUUGCUUAUUCAUUUGAGCAAGCAACUCUGAUCAGAAAGCCCCCUCCCCUUAGAAAAUUAGAAGUUUGAACUAGUAAUGCUUUGCAGCUAAAAAAAAGUAAAAGCUGGAACUUUGACAGAAUGCUGGAGAGUAUUGUAUGAAAUAAAAUGUGUGUUUUUAUAAGCAAAAUAUGUAAUUUUAAAAGUAUAUCGGAUACUCCAAUCCAUAUACAAGACUAAAUGUCAGUCAAAUUAGCAGUAUUGUUUUAUA